AUGGAUCAUAGGACUGAGAAGUUUAUCAUCAAUUCUUCAUCCUCUGUCAUCAAAUCCAUUCCUAGGCAACUUGAACCAUCUGUAGUUGAAAAGGAUAAUAAAGCAUUGGGAACAAUUGAUGGAUCUCAUAUUCCUGUAAUUGUGAAGAAAAAAAAACACAACAGGUAUCGUAAUCGAAAGAAUUUCAUAUCUCAAAAUGUAAUGGCAGCGUGCUCCUUUGAUCAUACUUUUCUUUAUGUGGCUGCUGGAUGGGAGGGAUCAGCAUCUGAUAUGUCAGUACUCCGUGCAACACUGGAAGAUGGUAAAUUUAAUGUUCCUGAAGGAUAUGCUAAUACUUCAAAAUUUAUCGCCCCAUAUCGUGGAUCACGUUAUCAUCUUGGAGAUUUUGCAAACAGGACCACCAGAGCCUAUCGAGAUACUAAAGACAAAUAUAAUCAUAGACAUGCACAACUACGUAAUGCAGUGGAAAAAGCAUGGGGAAUUUUAAAGCAAAGAUUCAAAAUUUUGAAAGUUGCUGCUCCAUUUCCUUAUAAAACUCAAGUCAAAAUCGUUGUAGCUUGUUGUGUUCUUCAUAAUUUUAUUGCAAGGCAUCAGGGAAAUGAUAAAUACUUUAAUAUGCUCAAUGGAUUAGAGAUGAAUGAGGAUGAAGAUGAGGUGGAGGAGGAAGAAGACCCCCAAUACAUGGUUGGUGCAGAUGAAAGUUUAAGGGGUGAGCAGCUUCGCAACAGGAUUGCUUUACAGCUUUGGAAUAAUUAA